GAAUUGUCUAGGUAUGGCACAGGAGGUUACAGAGUAAACAAAUACCACAAUGCUCUAUUGAUGUGAUCCUGAACAGUUUUACAGUUUGGUGCAUCUAACUUGAAGCCGGAAUGGAUGAAGAUAGAACUUCAAAGGAGGACAAUAAUCCAUCAUUACAGACUACAAAAAUGGAAUCAGAAUUUGAAAUGUUAUACAAAAUUGAAGAUGUUCCUCCUUGGUAUCUCUGCAUUUUCCUUGGAUUGCAGCACUACUUGACUUGCUUCAGUGGGACGAUCGCAAUACCAUUUCUUCUAGCAAAUGCUCUUUGUGUUGGAAAUGAUCAGCAAACUGUGAGCCAGCUCAUAGGAACCAUCUUUACUUGUGUAGGAAUCACUACAUUAAUCCAGACAACAUUUGGUGUAAGACUGCCUCUCUUUCAAGCAAGUGCAUUCGCAUUUUUAGUGCCUGCUCGAGCAAUAUUGUCUCUGGAAAAGUGGAAAUGCCCCCCCGAAGAGGAAAUUUAUGGAAAUGGAACACUACCAGUUGAUACUUCACACAUUUGGCAACCCAGAAUGAGAGAAAUACAAGGAUCAAUUAUAGUUUCAAGUUUGAUUGAAAUAGUUAUUGGCUUUGUUGGCCUCCCAGGAGCAUUGCUUAACUACAUUGGACCUCUUACAGUUGCACCAACAAUCUCCUUGAUUGGACUCUCUGUUUUUGAAGCUGCAGGGGAAAGAGCAGGUUCUCACUGGGGUAUAUCCAUUCUGGUCUUGGCACUGAUAAUAUUAUUUGCACAGUACCUCAGAAACAUUACACUAAAAAUACCUUGCUAUAGAAUUGGAAAAGGAAUAAAGACUUAUAAGUUACAAGUGUUCAAAAUGUUUCCGAUUAUCAUGGCUAUAAUGUUAGCAUGGUUGUUGUGCUAUAUUUUGACCGAGACUGGUGUAUUCCCUUCUGAUAGUAAAGCAUAUGGAUUUAAAGCAAGAACUGAUGCAAGAGGAGAAAUCAUGUCCAGUUCUCCAUGGUUCCGUUUUCCAUACCCAUGUCAGUGGGGACUUCCUACAAUAACCAUUGCUGGUGUUUUAGGGAUGUUUAGUGCUACACUAGCUGGAAUUAUUGAAUCCAUGGGGGACUAUUAUGCAUGUGCCAGGUUAUCAGGAGCACCUCCUCCACCUGUCCAUGCUAUUAAUCGAGGAAUAUUUAUUGAAGGAAUUUGCUGUGUUAUUGCUGGAUUGCUUGGAACUGGAAAUGGUUCUACCUCUUCAAGUCCAAACAUAGGUGUAUUGGGUAUUACAAAGGUUGGCAGUAGAAGAGUUGUACAAUAUGGUGCUGGGAUUAUGUUCAUUUUGGGGACAAUUGGAAAAUUUACGGCUCUGUUUGCUUCUGUACCAGACCCUAUACUUGGUGGAAUGUUCUGUGCAUUGUUUGGCAUGAUUACAGCUAUUGGCCUGUCUAAUCUGCAAUUUGUUGAUAUGAAUUCAUCUAGAAACUUAUUUGUGUUGGGAUUUUCGUUGUUCUUUGGACUAGUUCUCCCAAACUUUUUGGACUCAAAUGCUGACUACAUUAAAACAGGUUUACCAGAGCUGGAUCAGAUACUGACUGUGCUGCUAACUACUGAAAUGUUUGUCGGAGGUUGCAUAGCGUUUUUCUUGGACAAUACCAUACCAGGUUCAAAAAAAGAACGAGGACUGGUGCAAUGGAAGCAAGGAUCAAAUGCCACCACUGACACAUGUGCUGACCUAAAAAGUUAUGAUUUCCCUUGUGGGAUGAAAUUAGUUAAGAAAGUAAAGUUCUUCAGAUGGCUACCUAUAUGUCCAGUUUUUACAGGAUUCAAAGCUGCUUUUAAAAAAGAUCCAGCCAUAGAAAUAAUAGCAAAUCACGAUAUGCGAAACAGCUCAUUUUGCACAAAAGUAUAAUACAAGACACAAACAUUUUAAUGCCAUCAAAGGUGAAAGACAUAAAAGCCCCCAAUAACAACUUUUGAUGCUAAUAUUGUAGUUUAAAGUAACAUGCUAGACAAAAAUAAAUAUUUUGUAGA